GGUUUUGAGAGUAAACAGGGACUUCCCCUCUGACAGCUGUCGCCUAGUGGUGCAUAUAUGACUGGCCUUCCAGGUUGUGGACUGUGGACAGAAUGGCGUCAGGUGACCUUACCGAGGAGAUAGAAGAAGACAUUCUGAGCUGUCCUAUCUGUUACGACCACCUGACGGAGCCCAAGGCCCUGCCCUGUCAGCACACGUACUGCUGCAGCUGUCUACAGGCACUGGCCAGGAGAGCCAAAAAUGGACAAAUCCACUGUCCAGAAUGCGGAAAAAUGGUGGUCAUCCCUAAAGAUGGAGUGCAAGCCUUCCCCACAAACUACCUGGUUGCAAAUGUCCUGGAGAAGGUCCAACAGUGCAAAGAAAACAAGAAGAAACAAUCCGAUGAGACAGACAUGUGUGACAUUCACAAACAGGAAGCCCAAGUAGUAUGUGACAACUGUAAUGUUGUCGUCUGCACGGCCUGCCUAAAAUCAGGCCACAAGGGACACGUUCUCAAACACAUCGACCAAGACAAAGCCAUCAGGAUGGAAGAAGUGAAAAAGCUUAUCAUGGAAAGUGGGGAGGUUUCCGCAGGCCUUUCUCUCCAGGAAUCGCACACUCUGUUGGUGAAACAGCGUCUUCAAGAGAAGCAUGAAGAGAUCAUGAAGCAGAUUGAAUCCAGGACGGCUGCGGCUAUUCACACACUCCAGCGCCAGAAAAAGAACCUCCUAGAAGAACUCCGCCAACAGAGGGAAAGAAAACUGAAAAAGAUAGACAAGAGAGAGAAGCAGUGUAACAAGUUAAUAGACACGAUGCUUGCAGGUAGGACUCGAGCUGAAGAAGCCAUCAACAGCACCAGACCGUUGCUGUACAAAGAUGUCUCCUCUCACUGUCUUGUUCUGUCAGCCGCCAUUUCGGAAGGCACAGCGUACCGUGCGAAAUAUUCUUCACUACAGGAAGAUGUAUGUGGCCUCAGGUUUGAACCAAGCUUGGUGGAACUGGGGCGCAUCGUCGAAACAAGUGUUCAAGCAAGCCCUCGCAGUGGUCCUAGCUCUCUGGCAUCUGGUAGUCAUAAGGUCCGACGAUUGUCAGCUGGCACGUCUGCCACCAAAGACCAAAGCAACAACAGCAAUUCAGGAUCAUCUGUCAAAGCAGCAACUUCUGGUGGUACUUCUGGCUGCAACGGCAGUCUGAUCGUUUUGGAUGAUGAUGAUGAUGGUGCGUCGAAUAGUAGCCACACUUCUAGUACUGACCAGCAAGAACCAGCUUCAAAGAAGCGCAAUCGAUCCCCAAACCCUUAUGUCCGUCAUCCGGGACUUAGGCAGAGGCACACAGUCCCUCAAGCCUCGUGUAGCCACGCUUCCAAUCCACCAGCAAGACUUGAGAGUAACACCACCACAGGGCCCAGUAACAGUGUCAACUCAGCUCAAAAGGUGGCACAAAGACAAACCAGCCUUGUGACCCAAGUCCGAGAAAUACUUGCGGGUAACACUAACAGGUCCGCAGGAGAGAGUACUGCUGACGAACUAGCUCGAAGGGUAGCACAAGAAUACACCAGGCUUCAGCGCUCGCAAGCUUUAAGGGUACCAGCAAGUUACAUAAAACCGAUGAUAAAGAUCAUGAGGCUGCAGCCAUCAGACAACAUCUCCACUAGUACUGCCUCCUCAAGCAGAGCAUCUGCAUCAGCCAGUUCCAAUAACACUGCACAGCCUGAAGCAGUAAGAGCUGGCCCAUCCUCCUCAGCCAAUGGUGAUGAUGAUACUAUACAACUUGUCAGGAACCUCAGGAGAGCAUAUGCAUCUACAGCAACAUCUGCAUCAACCAGUUCCAAUAACACUGCGCAGCCUGACGCAGUAAGAGAUGGUCCAUCCUCCUCAGCCAAUGGUGAGAAUGACAGAGGAUCUGGCAAGAAGUUUAACAGAGCAUCUGCAUCUAUGUCAAUAUCUGCAUCUAUGUCGACUACAUCAACCAGUCCCAACAACACUUGGCAGCCUGCCGCAGUAAGAGCUGGUCCAUCCUUCUCAGUCAGUGUUGGGGAUGUCAGACAACUUGUCAGGAACCUCAGGAGAGCAUCUGCAUUUACCUCAACAUCUGUAUCAGCCAGUUCCAAUAACACUGUGUGGCCUGAAGCAGCAAGAGCUGGUCCAUCCUCCUCAGUCAGUGGUGAUGAUGAUACUAUACAACUUGUCAGGAACCUCAGGAGAGCAUCUGCAUCUAUCUCAACAUCGACAUCUGCAUCAACCAGUUCCAAUAACACUGCGCAGCUUGAAGCAGUAAGAGCUGGUCCAUCCUCCUCACUCUCAGCCAAUGGUGAUGAUGAUACUAUACAACUUGUCAGGAACUUGAGGAGAGCAUCUGCAUCUAUCUCAACAUCAACAUCUGCAUCAACCAAUUCCAAUAACACUGCACAGCCUGAAGCAGUAAGAGCCGGUCCAUCCUCUUCAGCUAAAGAUGAGGAUGACAGACGACCUGUCAAGAAGCUAAAGCUGGCUCAUAAAGAGCAUUCGAUUGUUCACAACAAAGGUGAAGCUACUGAUGAUGAUGAUGAUGAUAACUAGCGUGUUCAGAUGCAGUUUCCAAACAAAAUAACGUGGUCAUCAAGUUUGUGUAACAGGCCUCCAACAUGUACAAAAGUCUUA